UUUUGAAAAGCCUUACCGGAAGCAGAGAUAACAACUACAUUAGCAUGUUUACCAUAGUCUGCAUGAAAUAGCGGAGCGCCCGCUUUAAGCGUGAAUCUUCUCUGUGUGGCUGCAGGUCUCUCCGUCUAAAGGUUGCAGAGAUGGAAUGCUGCCUUAAUGGCUGAUGGAAAAGACCGUAGACUGGAUCCACCCCAAGAUGCUGGCUCGUAACCGCUUCCUCCUCCUGGUGGUGGUGGGCGGCGUCGUGCUGGCCAUCGUCAGUGUGAGCCUCCAGUUCUUGAACCUGACUCCAGCCGCCCCCAUGGUGGAGAAGCGUCCAGCCACCUCUUCAGGGGAAGGCCUUUCGUUGGGGAAGAGCAGAAAGCGAGUGUUCCCGGUGACCCAAACCCAAGAGCCCGACCCCAUUUCUGAAGCUUACAGCUACUGCAACACCCCCAACAGAACCGAGCAGGCCUGGGAGGGUCACAGUCCAGCAGACUACAAGCUGCUGUCCGUCCAUGUGAUGAUUCGACAUGGAGACAGAUACCCGCUUUACUACAUUCCAAAAACCAAGCGACCACCCAUCAACUGUACCCUGUCGGUCAGCAGGUACACAGUCCUGUUCCACUUGAUUCUGCGUGUUCUUGUAGGUAGUGGAGGCUCAGUUCCUCUCCCUGAG